AUGCCAAACUACUCGUGGACCGAGACUAAUCCAAAAUGGGAUCGCUAUAAUUGGCGUAAUUUAUCACGUAUACCACGUCAAAGGCAAAAAAUGAUAACACGGAGAGGAAACUGCUCACAUUUUAGUCAAGCUGGUGUAGCUCUAUUGGAAGGCAGUAGCAACAGUGCAGGAGUGUCACUUCACAUCGGUAUCCAAUUGAAUUCGAAAUAUCUUCCAAGGCUUCGCAAAAGAAACUUGGGAAAUGUUACCGUACCGCCAAUUUGCUCCAAUCAAAUCGUCAGCAGCUUUAGCGAUGGUGUCGCUUGUCAAAUGAUAACGAAAGUUGACCUUGCAUUCUAG